CGUUCGGUUCACAGGAAGCGCUAACCGACAACCGCGACGGUUAUGAUUGAGUAGAAGUGAAGAAGAUUCAGAUUAAAUAAUAGAAAUAGUCUAAUGAUUAAAACAUUAACCUGUAAAAUCUCUCGGAUAAGCGUUAUAUCAGCACUGGAGCGUCACCGCGUCUGGUUUUUAUUGAAUAUUCAUGAGCUGACGGGACGGUAACUAUCAAUGAGCUCCUCUCAGUCCUCCUGAUCCAGUGGCCUGUGUGACCGAAGCAUCAUGACGCUGGCUCCUAAAGAGCUGUCGAACCUGCUGGGCAUCAUGUCGGAGGACGCCUGCAGCAACAGCUUCGAGCAGCUGUCCACCGCCUUCCAUCACUGCUUCGGUAAAGCCGAGCACUUCCGCGUGGGUUCGGUUCUGGUGAUGUUGCUGCAGCAGCCCGACCUGUUGCCCAGCGCCCCGCAGAGGCUCACGGCGCUGUACCUACUGUGGGAGAUGUACCGCACCGAGCCGCUGGCCGCUAACCCCUUCGCCGCGGUGUUCGCGCACCUGCUAAACCCAUCGCCCGCAGGAGAGGAGCCAGAGAAACCGCUCUCAGGUUUUCUUCCUCCCAUCACACUGCCGGAGAAGUUCUUCCUCUCGCAGCUGAUGCUCGCGCCGCCGCGAGAUCUCUUCAAGAAGACGCCGAGACAGGUGUCCUCCAUGGACGUGAGCGCCACGCCACAGACCAUCGACAUCAGCGGACUCCAGCUCGCGCUCGCUGAGCGCCAGUCGGAGCUGCCCACUCAGAGUAAGGCCAGCUUUCCCAGCCUGCUCAGCGACCCGGAUCCAGACUCCUCCAACUCGGGCUUCGACAGCUCCGUGGCCAAUCAGAUCACAGAGUCUCUGGUGACUGGACCUCGUCCUCCUCUGGAGAGCCACUUUCGUCCCGAGUUCAUCCGGCCCGCUCCGCCUCUUUUGGUGUGUGAGGAUGAGCUGUCCUGGCUCAACCCGUGUGAACCGGAUCAUCGGAUUCAGUGGGAUCGGUCCAUGUGUGUGCGGAACGGCACGGGAGUGGAGAUCAAGCGCAUCAUGGCCAAAGCCUUCAAGAGUCCAUUAUCAGCGGCACAGCAGACGCAGCUGCUUGGUGAACUGGAGAAGGACCCUAAGCUGGUUUACCAUAUUGGACUGACCCCAGCCAAACUACCGGACCUGGUUGAGAACAACCCACUAGUGGCCAUUGAGAUGCUCCUGAAGCUCAUGUCAUCCAAUCAGAUCACGGAGUAUUUCUCUGUCCUGGUCAACAUGGACAUGUCACUGCACUCCAUGGAGGUGGUCAACAGGUUGACGACAGCAGUAGAUCUUCCUCCUGAGUUCAUCCAUCUCUACAUCUCCAACUGCAUCUCCACAUGUGAGCAGAUCAAAGACAAAUACAUGCAGAACCGUCUGGUGCGUCUGGUCUGUGUCUUCCUCCAGUCCCUCAUCAGGAAUAAGAUCAUCAAUGUUCAGGAUCUGUUCAUCGAGGUCCAGGCGUUCUGCAUCGAGUUCAGUCGUAUCCGUGAGGCCGCGGGCCUGUUUCGCCUCCUCAAGACCCUUGAUAACGGAGAGAUGCCCGCCGAGGGCAAGAUGCCCAAAUGAUGACGAGCACAUGAACUCCAGGACUAAAGCUGAGUCUCUCUAUGAAAGCCUUUCAGUUCACAGCAUACGAACUUCCUCGUGUUUUCUGUUCCCACAUGUACAACACGUUCAACCUUUCUUUUGAUCCUGUUGCCGUUUUUGUUUUUUGUUUUUUUCGUCCAUUAAAGCGGUGGUUACUUACACGUUCUUAGACGACGUUCUUCAUUGUGUGUUGCGACUCCUCGGCUUCAUUAACUAUAAUAAGUUCAGUUUUGCUGAAUUUGAAGUGGUUUUAUGAUCAUUAUUUUGACCACAAACAAAUUAUCUCCACCACAAACACGAUGAUGAUAAAGAUAAUGAUAAUGCUGAGUGGAAUGUGAUCGUUUGGGUAACACACAAAAGCCUUCAUAUAUAAUGCAUUAUAUAAGUCAUUUAAUUGUGCACCUUAUAAUGCAUUGUAUGAUCUCAUGAAUAAUUGUAACCACAGUUAUAAUACUCAUCUAUUCAUUGAUACACCUUUAGAAAGUAUAAUAAAACGAACUACCAACUUCGGAAAUAUUAUACAACAUCUAACUUGAAAAUAUAUAAAGCAUUGCAAGGAACAUUAUGCAUAUCUUUAAUAAUACAUUAUACAUAAAGGCUUUAAUGAUGUAUGUUCUCUCAACACAAAUUAAAAUAGAAAUGUUUAAGUUAACAAUGGCAGUGUAUUUCAGACGGAUCAUUUUUAAAGCUUCCAUGCAUUGCAAUAAAACAGGUCAAAUUUAAUUUCUAUAUCUUUUACAUCACACGUUGUUCUGAAUCAGCCUGACAAAGUCAUAUUGUUAAUGUUUAUAAUAUUGUAAUUGAGAUGGAUGACAGGAUUUUCUAUAUUUGAGGACGAUAUAAAUCAACCAGAUAACUUAUAAGUGUUAUUAAUCUUUUUUUUUUUUUUCUCAGUGUGUAAUCUGAUGUAGUCAGAUUUCAAAAAUGAGUUGUAAUUAGAAAAUAUUACACUUUAAAAUGCCCAUAUGUAGACUACAGGUACUUUUCUAUUGAUUAAAGAUGCAUUGCUCAUUGCUAGCUAAUGGGACCUUAUUGUAAACUGUUACUUAAUAGUAUAUUACUCUAUUUGAGUGUACUACUGUAUGUAUGCGAGUAAAGCUGGAUUAACAUCA